CAGGAUUUGUCAUCAGAGCAGAAAGGUGCGGCACCGCCGAAUGCCAAAGACGAAUAUGGCCACGCUAUUCGGCGCACGCUGCGUCGCUGCGGGUGAUACUGACACCGAGUCCAAACUCCAAAGCCCCUGCGAUGUCAUCCCUCCCUUUCCCCGUCGCCGGCGGCGACUACCCCGCCGAUAAAUUCGACCCCGACUAUCUCUACUUCCUCCGCCACAUUCGCCCGGACGGGAACUCCUAUGUUCUGGAGCUCCCCCACGAUGGCGCCUCCCCUCCCUCCGUCAUCAAGUACGAUCCCCCCAUCGCCAACUCCGAUGGCGAGUGCGUCUCUGACCCCUCCCCUGGCCGCGCAAGCAUCAACUGCCAGACGGAAGAGAGGGACUCGUCGUCGGUGGAGGCCGUGGCGGCCCCCUCGUGGCUCGACUCCCUCGUAGACAUCGAUGAAGAUUACCGUGUUUUCCUGCAACACACCCGCGUGGUAAAUAACCGCUUGAAGCUCGAGAUUGGGGGUGUCGUUGUGAACUAUGAGCCAGACCCGGACUCAGCGCAAUCUGGAGGUAGCAGCGGGAUCGAGGAGGAGAGAGAGGCGGCCAUUGCUUCCUCCGGGAAAGAUGGCAAGGGGGUCGACUCAGAUGAGCCGGUGGAAGUUAUUUCAGCGCCGAAUGCAUGCGAUUGGCGUGCGGAUCCAACGCCUGGGCAAAAGGUGCCGGGUGAGGAAGAUAUGGGGCGCCACCAUGCGGAGCCUAGCGGUGCCUCGUCGCAUAGAUCACAUGGUGUUAUAUGGCCUGCACAUAUAACCAAUAGACCAGAUUCAGACUUCAAGCGAAGAUUGGUGGAUGCUCUUUGCAAACCAUUUAGCCGGAAAGAAUAUCUUAAUCUGUUUGACAUGGCUUCGAUUCGUACUCCGUUAGUAAAGUUGCGACAGGUGCGCAAUGAUGAGAAAUUUUACCCUACAGAUGAGAUGGGCAAUUCAUAUUUUGAUCAUUACCCAGAUCUUGUUGAACAAGUUACAAAUACUAGCUAUUCAAAAGGUUUAGCUCUGAUGCGUGGUUUUUUCUUCUGGUUGCAGUGCACACGAAGAUCAAUUCAUGCCAUGGAUGGACGAUUCAAAAGAUCGCGAGGUUAUUCCAUUGGUGGACUGAGGUUACACAUAUCUUUAAUUCACGUGUCUUUUAUUUAUGGAGAUAAUUCUUUAUGGGUGACAAACUGUUCUCAAUAAAUGUAUGGGAAGUGCAAAUAAAAAUUGAAUGAUUUGCUAGUUUCUCUUUCUUUUGGGGGGGCUGAAUAAAUGUAUAUAUUGCUCAGUUGCUGAGUGGAGAAAUCAUUCCCAGCCAAACUGCAUACAUUCUAAUUUAUGCCCGGAGUGUGAGUACUAUAUUUGAUACUGGAUUUUUCAUGUUGAAAUUGCGGACCCUGAAUUUCAUGUUA